AUGCCGGAUGAAGGAGAAUUAAAGGAGAGUCCCGAGCAGACGACAACGCAGGCCAUACCUUUUAUGCCUGCAGUAUUGCCCGGAGCAACAAAUGGCAACGAAAUAUCACGUGUCACCGUGAAAAUUCCGCCAUUUUGGCAUGCGAAGCCCGAAUUGUGGUUGGCGCAGGUGGAGUCGCAAUUUGUUGCUGCGGGAAUCAGCAGCGACCGGUCGAAAUAUCACACAGUGGUAGCCGCUAUAGAAAGCGGCGUACUCGCGCAAAUUAGUGACUUAAUACUACAUCCACCAUCUAGCGAUAUGUACCAAACAUUAAAAAAGCGUAUUCUAGAGCAAUUUUCGGAUUCGGAACAAAAACGAAUCAAGAACUUGUUGCAAGACCUUGAACUAGGUGACAUGAGGCCGUCACAUUUGCUACGUGAAAUGCGUCUGCUGCCAGGUACUGAAAUAAACGACAGCAUGCUGAGAUCGAUUUGGCUUAGCAGAUUGCCACAGAACGUGCGCUCCAUCAUAUCUAUUAGUAACGAGCCGCUUGACAAGGUUGCUUUGUUGGCAGAUAAAAUUAUUGAGGUUAGCGACGGCCCGCAGAUACACGCGGUAGCAGCACGAAGCGACGACGGGCAGUCUGAAAUUUUUCGGAAGAUGGCGGCGCUAACAAAAGAGGUAGCCGAACCGAAAGCUAAGCUUCAACAGCGUGGUAGGCAAACACGUCGGUCGGCCUCCCGAGGACGCUCAUGUACACCCAACAAAGGCGACAGCAUUUGA